CUUCCUCCAACGCUACUCUUCUGUUUAUGUUUAUAUACUAGAACUGUGUUCAGUGUAUUACGUGUAUUUAGUUGAUGAAUAUUAUUUUUAAUAUUUAUUUAAUUUCAGAAGCUAACCAUUAGUGGUUGUGAUUUCAUAAUAUUGCUUUUCUUUAAUAAAAAAAAUUAUAUUUUGGGGAUAUUUAAACCAACGCUUUAAUAACAGCGCAGUUAAAUAGAACACUGAUUUAUGUUUAAAAUAAUAAUAUUUUUAGUUUAUUGUAUUAUGUAUUGAAGAAAACAACAGACUUUAAGAUUGAUUCAUUCUUAAAGAAGUUUAUGAUUAAGUGAGCAUAUGCAAAAAUGAUAACGUAUGGAAAUCGUUUUGAAUUUUCUGGGGUAUAGUGUAGAAGUUGUUUUUCAUAAGUUCAUUGUAUCAAGUUUUGCAUCCAUGCAUAACUCUUGCCUACAUUUUGUGGAAAACUGGUUUGGUCGCGAUAGAAAGUCCCUUCAAAAAGGUGGAUCAAAAGGCAAUAUUUAUCAUGAGAAACAAGUAAAAGAACUCUGUGCUCUCCAUGCCUUGAAUAAUCUGUUCCAAGAUAAAAAUGCCUUUAACAAGCAAAUUCUGGAUAAUAUUUGUCACAGCUUAUCACCAGAUAAUUUGGUGAAUCCUCAUAAGAGUUUACUUGGACUUGGAAAUUAUGAUGUAAAUGUUUUGAUGGCUGCUCUGCAAAUUAAAGGCUAUGAAGCAAUGUGGUUUGAUAAACGAAAAGAUCCAAGUAACAUUGAUUUUAGCAAAAUUUGUGGUUUGAUUUUAAAUAUACCGAGUGAAAUGAAGUUUCUACCAUUACGACUUAAUAGAAAACACUGGAUUGCUGUUAAAGAAAUUGAUGGAACAUUUUAUAAUUUGGACUCAAAGUUAGAAAGUCCAGUUGCUAUUGGUAAAGCACCUGAUCUUGUUACCUAUCUGAGAGAGCAAAUUCGUGGGAAAGAUCGUGAAAUAUUUUUAGUUGUUGACCAAAAUCUGGAUCGAAAUUCAUUAUGGAAAAAAGAGCCCAGAUGGAAUGAACCUCCAUCUCAUAAUACCUCGAGCAAUCGUGUGAACAGCACAGUUGCAGUAAUUCAUCUGAACUCUGAGGAAGAUAGUAGACCUGAGAUUUCCAGAAAUAUUCAUCGUGAAAAUACAGGAAUAAGAGAACAUAGAAAGUCAUAGCUGGUUUUAAUAUUCAGAAGUUAAACAGUUCUGUAGAAUUGAUUUCUAUAAUACUUAUAAAAGAUGUAGAAGAGAUAAACAGGUUUUGAAGGCAACACAAAAAUAUUUUUUUGAUAAACAAGGAGUUAAAUUAAUGAUUGUGAGAGCUAUUCCUUUCUCUUUUGUAAGAGAAUUUUGAAUUUUUAUUAAAAUCUUCUCUCUAUUGUGUGCACAUUUUCCGUCCUUGCUGAUUUGUGAGCUAAUUGUGUAUGAACAUUGUGACCUGUGAAGAAUAUUACAUCUGAAAUACAUUUAUUUACCGGUUAUUUUAAUUCGUUUCGAUUCGUUUAAAUUGUGAAUUUUAUUUUGUUUCUGUAAAAUAAAAUCUUGAUUAUUAUUUUUUUGUUUGUUAUUUUUCAGAUUUUAUGUAGUUUGUAUAUAAAAUUUUUGUAUUAUUUUUAUUGGGUUGGAAGUUUAUUUUUCGCUGCUGUAAUAGCACUCACAUCAGCUAUUGUAAAUAUAUGCUGUCUGGUUUUAUUGAAAUUUGUCACAUGAUUCAGCUAGUCCUUUUUUGUAUUUUAUAUAUUUUGUCAAAUAAAAAACAUUAAAUAUA